CCUUCAACUGAGGACUUGGGGGAUAAGAAGGAAGGAGAAUACAUUAAACUCAAAGUCAUUGGACAGGAUAGCAGUGAGAUUCACUUCAAAGUGAAAAUGACAACACAUCUCAAGAAACUCAAAGAAUCAUACUGUCAAAGACAGGGAGUUCCAAUGAAUUCACUCAGGUUUCUCUUUGAAGGUCAGAGAAUUGCUGAUAAUCACACUCCAAAAGAACUGGGAAUGGAGGAAGAAGAUGUGGUUGAAGUUUAUCAGGAACAAACAGGGGGUCAUUUAACGGUUUAGAUAUUCUUUUUAUUUUAUUUUAUUUUCCCUCAAUCCUUUUUUAUUUUUAAAAAUAGUUCUUUUGUAAUGUGUUAAAAUGGAAUUGA